AUGAAUAAGGAAGAGGAUAAUGGGCAUAUAUCGUCAAAUAAUUCUCUAGAUAAUUCCUAAAAUUAUGCUUAUUUACUUUAAUAAGAAUAUUAUGAGAAAUUCAAAAUGGGAUAGAAUUUAUAUGAACAAUCAGCUACAUUAUCAAGAAUAUCAUUAGGAGAAAAAACUAGUGAAGAUAAUAAUAAUACUUACACAUAUAUCAAUAUGGUUCAUUUACAAGAGAGAUUAUCAGAAUAAAUCUUGAAAAAUCAAGUAACUUGGUUGUUAAAUUGGUUAGUUCUUGGAGAAUAAAAUUGAAUAGCUUUCUAAAGAAAUAAAGGGAGCAUUAAAUCAUGUUGCUUUACUUUAAAAAUAAAAUGAAUUACAAUCAAGUUUACUAAAGGAUGCAAAUGAUAAAUUACAAAAAAAAACAAAAGCUAUUGGAAUAGAGAAAACCAUUAAUCAACACCUUAAAAGAAAGAUAUCAAAAUUAUAAUAAAUAAAUACGUAUAUCUCAAAAUGAAACUAGCAAUUAUUUAGAUUAAGUAGAGACUAUGUCACAGUAGAAAGAAUCUAUCAUCCUAUCUAAUUAUAAGCAUUCUAGUGUUAGUGUGUUUAAGACAUCCCAUCAAUCAAAUAGUUCAUCUUAGAGAAAAUUAAAUUCAGAUAAAAUACAUUAAGGUUUAACUGAAGAUUCCACUGUUAAAGAUUCAUCUUGUAGUGAAUAAAAAUCUCACGAUUAAAUAAGAUUUUCAGAGUCAGUCUAAUAAUUUUAUAAAUCUUCAAAUCUUUUAUCUCCAGCCUUAUAAGUGUCACCAAAGACUUAAUAAAAUGAUUUAGAAAGUAGAAUAGACUCUACUUUAGCUUAGAUUAGAGCGAUUAGAUUAUAGAUUUAGCAAUUAAAUAAAAAAUGA